UGUGGAAGUCUUCAUUUUAGUGUAUUAGCUUUGUUUUAAUGAGGCACCCCUCAGUCACCAACUACAUUACCCACAGUACCUCCCGUUUAUUUAUUUAUUUAUCCAUUUAUUUAUUUAUUAAUGUUUUUUAUUUUUAACCGGAACCUUCUACGUGUUCAGUGUCCCGAGACAUUUUUCUUGAGCAGCAAAGAACUAUUACAACAAAAGUCCAUGUUGCCAACCACUCGCCAACACAGCAAUGGUGCCCUUAAUUCGAGGGAUGCUGCUCGUCAUACUGCGGGGGCCAAGCGCUACAAGUACCUGCGAAGGCUUCUCCAUUUCAGGCAAAUGGACUUUGAGUUUGCCCUCUGGCAGAUGCUUUAUUUGUUUACAUCACCGCAGAGAGUCUACCGCAACUUCCACUACAGGAAACAGACCAAGGACCAGUGGGCCCGGGACGACCCAGCUUUCCUGGUCUUGCUCAGUGUGUGGUUAUGUGUUUCAACAAUAGGCUUUGGUUUGGUGCUGGACAUGGGAGUUCUUGAGACAUUGAAGCUCUUGCUGUGGGUGGUCUUUGUUGAUUGCAUAGGAGUGGGUCUUCUCACAUCAACCCUCAUGUGGGUGAUAAGCAACAAAUUCUUGCUGAAACAUCCAAACCGUGAGUUUGAUGUCGAGUGGGGUUACACAUUCGACGUUCACCUCAACGCUUUCUACCCGCUUCUCGUCAUUCUGCACUUCCUGCAGCUCUUUUUCAUCAACCAUUUGAUAGUGAUUAACUCUAACUGGUUCCUUGGAUAUUUCGUGGGGAACACCUUGUGGCUGAUAGCGAUUGGUUAUUAUCUGUACAUCACCUUCUUGGGGUACAAUGCUCUGCCGUUCCUGAAGAACACAGUGUGGCUGCUCUACCCCUUUGCCCCGUUGGCGCUCCUUUACAUCCUUUCCAUCUCACUGGGCUGGAAUUUUACUCAAGGUCUGUGCUGGUUUUACAAGUACAGAGUCCAGUAGGAGCUGUGCAAUGGAGGCUGGACGUUGGUUUGGUUGGCUCCAGUUGCACAGAGUAUCAAAGUGG